GGAAGUGAACACACCUGUGAGCACCAUGUGUCUGACGCUUCGCUGCUGUUUCGCUUGCAGAUCCUGCAGAGCACCAGAUUUUUCAAAGGAUCUCUCAGACUGUUGGUCUCGUCUCUCCUCUCGGAUAAUGAUGCUGACAGAGACGGAAGGCUUCAGGUGGAACUUUCUUCCAGGGUUUAACUUCAGGAGAAACCCCAGACGUCAGGCAGAUGUCAACACCACCACCACCACCACCACCACCACCACCGAUGGACACCAGUCACCGAGCGAACAGAUUCCCCAAACUGUGAUCGUCACUUUUGAACAGAUGCUUGAGGUAAAACAUUUGUGUGAAGCCGGCCAGCUCCUGAUACAGAGAGAGGAAUGUCUGUUUGGGGAUAUAAGGGAGGAGGAGGAGGAGGAGGAGGAGGCACUGACUCAUCAUGAAGAAGAAGUGAAGAAGCUUGCUACAGACCGCAGGGCCCUGGAGGACCUCGUACUGCAGACUCUCAGACUAUCUCUCAGCCUGGGCGAGGUCAGUUUGGAGGUUCUGACGUCUGCUGUGAAGGCCGUGAAGCAGGAGGAUGACCAGGACCAGCUGUGGACACAGAGAGAUUGGACCCCUCCGGCCUGGAGGCCUAGUGGCUGGAAGAAACUCCACGACUCAACGCUUUGCAACUUGGUAGAGGAGCGUAUGGAUAUGGACAACCCCCUGACGCCCCCUGCUGACCAGGUGGACCAGUCUACGAUCCAGGCAGACAUCCACAGCAUGGGUAGGCGGCUGAAGGAGGACCUGCUGUUUGUGGUGGACGUGGUGAAGAGCUGCUACCCUCCUCAGCUGGACAUCUGUAAUUUAUACGGCAGCUUGUACCACCAGACUCUGAGCGCAAGACUCAGGAAGAUUGCAGACUUUGGUCUGGAGGACAAGGACUGCACUUUCCUCCUGCGCUGGGUCAACGAGUAUUAUCCACAAAUCCUGCAGAAACCAGAGCUGGUCAGUGAGAUUGAUGUUGAAGCAUUGGGAAAGCUGCUGCCUGAACAGUUAUUGAAACCUCUGGAGGAUCAAUACCUGAACAAACAACAGGAAGAGCUGAUGAAGUACAUCGGACACGUCCUGGAGGAAGCAAAGCAAAAGUGGAACAACGGAGAGGAACCGACGAGAGAGGAAGGCUGCUUUGUCAGUCAUGUGGCCUAUGACAUCAUUCAGCUCAUCAACGGUAUGGUGACUUCAGCUGAAAAAGUUGUUGGAGAUCUGCAUAAGGCUCAAAACUUAACGAGUGAACUGGAAGAUUUAAUGCAGAGAUUCAAGAUUUUCCAAAAUGAUGUCAUCAAGCAAAACAAACCCAACAGCCAGCCGAUCAUCAAAGCGAACCUCGGCUGUUUUGAACAGUUCAGGGAUGUCCUCGAGAAGAAGAGCCAUCUGUUGAAAAAGGACGUGCAGAAAAACUGUUUGGAUGUUUUGGCAGACAUGGAACAAUCUGCUCACACAUAUUUAUUAAAACCUGUGCACGAAGCACUCAAGCCUCAGUACCGUAAACUGGGAACCAGUGACUGGCUGAAUAAGCCUCUGUUUGAGAAGCUGCUGGUCAGCAUUGAAAACGAGCUUCAGGGUCUUCAGGGUUCGAUUGUAUCCUCUCACCAGAAGCUGGUUGGUCAGCUGCACCUUGAGGUGACUGCAGAGUAUGUGAGGAGGCUCCUGAAUGGACAAGUCAGACUUAAGGACAAAGAGCGACAGCUGAAGGCCUACAUGACCGUGAAGGAAGAUGCAGAGAAUCUGCACAGUUUAUUUGUCAAAAUGGGAUCAGACCAAGACUGGUUGAUGCAAAUCUUGAUCAAGAUUGCAGAAGUGCUCAAACUCCAAGACCUCCCUGCUAUUCAGAUGCAAGUAGCAUCACUGGGAACUGCUUAUCCUGAUCUCAGUGAAAAACAUGUGUCAGCAUUGCUCAAACUCAAGACCAACCUCUCCAAAGUUGACAGGAGAACCGUCAAAGAAACUCUGUCAGACACAUUAAGGGAAACAGGAAGUGUCGACCUUUCUUGUCCGUUUUUCGUCAGAGUUCAUCUGAAAUGAACUCCAGAAAAUCAUUCUGUUGUUGUCAUUUAAAAACCGUCUGAAUGUCAGGUUGUACAGUAACCCUAAUCUAAGUGUGAUGAGUUGGACAGGAUAUUGAGUGACUGUAAAAUGAUGGGAUUUGUUUUUAGUUACCGUAUGAAUGUAUUAGUUCAUAUUAUUGCCAUAAACAUUUUAUUGCUCAGAAAUGUCAGUGUAUUUUUUGUUUAAAAGGACCAGUUCAGUUAUUUUUCUCAGAGUGUAGCCUACAUAGUUUAUAUCAAAUCAGUUUAUUUUCAUAGUGUGUAUAUUUUGUAUAUUUUGCAUCACAUUUGCAAUAAAAGGAGAGGUCAAGAUUUCAUUUUUAAAA